AUGUGUCAUUGGUUUCAAAAUUUGAAUAAAAAUCGGAAAUCGAAACUGGAAAAUUUGAAUGGGUUUUCCGAAGAGGUUUCAGCGAUUUUCAAUUUGAUGAGAAUUGGAAGUUUGGAAGUUUUAGAUUUUCGCGGAUUGAAAUCUUUACAUUGGACAACAUUUGUCAAAAGUAUUCAAAAAGUUAGUUUUUCUCAUAAUUUUAUUUGAAAAAAUAUGAAUUUUCAGUACAAAAAAAUCGGAAGAGGAACACAAGGAUCUUCAUCAGCGAAUCCGAAUGUGUAAGUUCAUUUUCUACAAAUAAUAUUUUUUUGUUCAUUGCUCAUAUUAUACAUUUUCAGCGAAUACAUGGCUGCUUCUCCAAAUUCACCACGUCCACUUCCUGGUCCGGCAGCCGAAGGACCACGUCAACAAAGACCAAACUUUCAAAAGCAAAAAAAGAAGAAGUCUUCAAAAUUCUAG